AUGGUGAAGAGGUCCCACCCCCGUGGCUCGCGGAGACCGGAGCCGGGCCCGGAAAGCGACGAGUACCUCCAGUCGAUCGAAUCCGACGAUCAGUGCAGCGAAGACGGCAGCGGCGACGAGGGUCUGCAACUCGGCGCAGAUGGCGUCGAUGGCGGCGACAUGGUCGAUGCGGACUUCGAGUUUUACGACCCCGCGGAUGGUGACGUCCGUGGGAUCAGGGCCAUGUUGCAGAGCCUGAUGGACGGGGCGGCCUUCGACGUGUCUGAGCUGGUGGAUGUGAUAAUUCAUCAGAAGACGGUGGGGUCUGUUGUGAAGACGGGACAAGAAAGUGACCCUGUGGGCGUGAUUUCCGUGCUGAACAUACAGCGCUACUCCAGUUUGGGCUGCAUUGCGGAAUUAAAGGGAUUCAUCCUGUCACACUGCCCCGGGCAGGGAGGAGAGAAAGAACAAUUAUCACAGGUCUUGUCCAGUCCGCACACUGGCCUCCUGAUCAACGAACGUCUCCUGAACAGUCCCCCGGAACUUGGGCCUCCGCUUCAGCAAGCCCUCUUCGAUGAGAUCCAAUGGGCAACAGAAGAUGAGCCCACUCAGGAGCUUAGGGAAUCUUUCAAAUUCCAGCAGUAUGUAUCCCUGACCAGGGUGUUUAGGGAUCCCAAGGCUGAUGCUCCAUCCUCAGGCACUGACGCUGUGGCGACAAAGAAGCGGAGGAGAACAAAGCAGGAGGCUGGGGUGAGGCUUUUUGGUGAGGGCAGGCCUGAAUCAGUGCCCAGAUAUUGUCAGGCCUGGAGUAAACGCUAG